ACCUCGGAGCACACUCUCUGCCGCGGACAUGGCGCAGAGCUUUGUGGACGCUAAGCUGAGAGCCGGCAAAGUCACUGUGUUUGAGAAGGAGUCGUGUCCCUUCUGUGUCCGAGCAAAGACCAUCAUCCACAAGUACAAGUUCAAGAAAGAUCGCCUGGAAAUCAUCAACAUCGCCAAUAUGGAGAACGUGAGCAGCAUCCAGGAUUACCUGUGUCAGCUGAGCGGAGAGAGGACGGUACCUCGAAUAUUUAUUGAGAAGGAAUGCAUUGGUGGUUGUUCUGAUCUCGUACCUCUGGACAGCAGUGGCGAGCUGGAGAAAAGGCUGAUAGGUAUUGGAGCCCUAGAACAGUGAUCUACAUAUGUACGAGCAGAAAGAAAACUUCUAG